AUGAUUGUGCCAAAUGUUGUAACUGGGUUCCAUGCGGCUUGUGUCGCUUUCUUUUUGGCAACAGUAGCUACGGCAGAGGGCGAGAACUUGUUGAAACGGGCUGUUUGCGGCCCGGGCAUCGGAUCAUGUCCCCCGGGUGCUUGCUGCUCUGCUUCAGGUUGGUGCGGUACAACAACCGAGUAUUGCGAAGGAUCUCAAUGUCAGUUGGAGUACAGUGACUCCUGCGAUACCUUCUUUGGUCCGUCCGGACCCAGCACUGAGAAAGUCAGUCGCCCUCGAGUUGGAAAUGUGCCAUAUGGAACUAUCAUUACGAAAUGUUCGAUCCCCGGUACCAUGGCCUUGACAUUCGACGAUGGCCCGUUUGUGUAUACCAAUCAGAUGCUGGAUCUACUGGACAAACUCAACGUCAAGGCUACAUUCUUCGUCGCGGGAAAUAAUCGCGGUAAAGGUCAUAUUGAUGACCCUGUCCAUGGGUGGGAUGCCAUUUUGAGACGCACCUACCGUGCUGGGCACCAGAUUGCGAGUCACACAUGGACUCAUCGGGACCUGAACAAAGUCAACCGUACGAUACAAUGGUCUGAAAUGAUUUUUAAUGAGAUGGCAUUUCGAAACAUCUUUGGAUUCUUCCCGACAUACAUGCGGCCCCCAUAUCUGGAAUGCUCAGCCGAUUCGGGAUGUGUAGAUGUUAUGGCCACACUGGGUUAUCACAUUGUCACCAACAAUAUUGAUACCAAAGACUAUGCAAAUGAUAGCCCCGAGCUCAUUCAAAAUUCGAAAAGUCGAUUUGACUCCCAGGUAUCACCAAGAGCUAAUGAUCACAGCUACAUUGUGCUCGCACACGAUGUCCACUUUCAAACGGUGGCCAAUCUCACUGAGCACAUGGUCCGAGUCGCGCGUGAAAGAGGGUACAAGCUCGUCCCUGUCGGAGAAUGUCUGGGCGAUCCUCGAGAGAACUGGUAUCGUACUAUGAAUGAGGACAAUGCGGUGUCUUCUAGCACCAAGACGUCCAUGACACCAUCCGAGACUAAAACCGGCACACCACCUCGUCAAACCCUGACAGUAUCACCAAAUCAAAGAUGCGGAGGUAGUACGGGUUACACUUGCCAGGGGUCAGCCUUUGGAAACUGCUGCUCGUUUUACGGCUACUGGUAA